AUGGCCAAUCUUCGACAACCUUUCAUUGGCCGAUACAAGUGGUAUUCGAUCCCCAACAGCCGCAAAAAGUAUUACCAAUUAACAAUGAAAGGCAAACUUCUUCUGGCCACGAUCUUGUGCCUGAUGGGCGUCCAAGCCUUGGGCGAGGACAUUCUGGAAGGAAACUACAACGUUACGGCCGUCUGCACGGCGGUGAAAGUCGGAACCCAGCUGGGCAGCAUAGAGUCCUGCCAGACUUACUACGUCUGCAAGUCCACCGGACCCGAGAAGGCCUCGUGCCAAACAGGCUACUCGUACGAUUACAAGAGAAGCUCCUGCUAUCCAAGCAGCGAGGUAUCAUGCUACUGGGGCGUUGAGAAUCCCUGUGGUGGCAAGAAUGCCACCUGGGUGCCAAACACUGCCGUUUGCGGUGGAUGGUUCUACUGCCUCGAAGGCCAGUCGACGGGCUCCGGAAAAUGCCCAUCCAACCAGAAAUUCGAUGCAAGCUCAGCGUGUUGCACUUAUGGAUCCUGCGCCACCACCGACUCUACUGAUGGAGUCGUUCUCGACAACCUCUGCGAUGUCGUGCCACCUUCCAUAUAUUUCGGCGACACUUCGGACUGCACCACCUGGCACUACUGCGAGUCCACCUCCACUGGAAUCGUUUUGCGUACGGGUAAAUGCGAUAAUAUAUACAACGCGCUCACCGGUCAAUGUGCCUACUCAAGUACCGGCGCCUGCAGCCGUGUGACCGGAAUUCCGCUGAGCGAUGGCGCCACAGUUUCCUGCACCACGAACGGUGCUAAGACACCCGAUGCGACCGAGUGUGGAAAGUACUAUGUGUGCACGAACAAGGUAAAUGUGGCCACAUACUGCGAGACUGGCUACUACUUCGACGUGAAGACAUUGACCUGUCGGACCCGCCAGCUUGCCGUUCCGGUGGAGGGAUGCAAUCGAUGCCAGUAUGCUAAGACGAUGUUUGUAAACGCCGUCAAUUCGGAUAACUGCUCCACCUACUACUACUGCAACAAGGAGGGCCAGGCCACUUUGAACACCUGCCCUGAGGAGACGUUCUUCAACGAGUCAUCCCAGGGAUGCGCGCCCGACGAAAACCUAGAGACGUAUGUGGAAAAUAACGGAGCCUGCUAUGGAGCCACCGCCAGCGAUUCGGAGUCAACCACGCCCAGCACCGAAUAAGCCCAGUCAUCAUGCCGGGAUUUUAGAAGGGAACUCAACGGCACACGACUAACUGAAAACACGAUCCUAUUUACCACUUAGUAUUCAGUAUCUUAUGAAAGGCA